UCAAGCGGAACCUGAAGCUGUUAUCGAGGGAAGCGACGAAAAAGGACCAGCGGCAACCGGGAAUUCUACUUCCAAUUAUUAUCGUUACGAGCAAACGUCCUAUCGCUCCCAACUGCCAAUGUCGGUGGACAGUGGAGCCGAUUUCCUCACACUCAGCGAAGAUCGUCGAUCACAUGAUCGGCUCGUAAGGAGCUCCAGAAGGAGAAAUCGAGAACCAAAGUUCAUCAGCUUCCAAACCAAAGAUGAUCAUAUUGAGAUCGAAAUCGACUUCAACAUUCCCUUCCUAUCGAUUCCGGUGAAGAAAUCGGUGGACGGAGUGAGCUCUUUUAUAAAGGGACCACUUGUCAAUGUAAAUCUAGGCGCUGUUGCUUUAGCAGGAAUCAUGGCAAUCGGAGGCGCUUUCAUUGGAAGCUUUGCUCGAACGUUCAGCGGUCAAAAUCCGGCGACUUCCUUCGGACCGUUCAAUUUUGGGCGAACGGAGAACACUGAACGGCCAGGAGCAGAACGAAAGAACGUCAUUUGGACGCUCUGGGAUGGGGUUGAGCAAAGUCUUUCCAAAUUCGACAUCGAUACAACCGCUUGUACCCAGCGCACAAUUUGUUGGUACGUUAAGGAAGCGAAGAGUAAUGUGGACGAGAAAAAAGCUAGCGGAAUGGAUGUUGUGAUCAACGGGCUGAGCAGUGCAAAUUGGGCGCUAAGUUUUGUGAAUGGAACGGCCAUUGAAGAUGCCAUCAACGCUGGCCGGAGGAACUAUAACUGUGAACAAUCGUUUCCAUCGUGCCGGAUCGGUCCACAAAUUGUGCAGCAAUUUCUAGGUAAUGGAUUGAAACCUGAAAAUUAGUUAUCACUCCAUGAGAGCAACAAUUAUUUGUGUUGUAGUUGUAGAUAAUCAUAAUUGUAUUGUAGAUUUACAUAACAUAAUUUUAUUGUUAAAUAGAUAAUUU